CCCUUCUUUGAUUAAUAUUAAUUACUUUUUUAAGGUUAUUAAUCGGUAACGGUAACCCUCCUAUCGAUAUUCGAAAUCCCCGUUCGCCGAUAUAAAAAGAAAUGCACGGAGGCAAGAUUACGUCGAGUCUAGGCCGUCGUCGCCGAACAAUCUCGAAUGCUAGCAGCAAAUCGUCUGCAGACGGCGCCGAUGACGAUGAUACCUCCGUAAUCGAGCCCGACCAGGGCAACGUCCUUACACAUAUCAUCUCACAGUUACGACCCGGCGCGGACUUAAGUAGAGUCGUAUUGCCUACCUUCAUCCUAGAGCCUCGAAGCAUGUUAGAACGAAUAACCAAGGGUGUCAAGAAGCCUCUUAACCCGAUCCUCGGCGAAGUGUUCUCAUGCUAUUGGGACCUCCCUGACAAGACCCGCGCCUACUACAUUUCCGAACAGACCUCACACCACCCACCUAAGUCGAGCUACUUCUACAUGGUCCCCGAACACCACAUCCGAAUAGACGGCACGCUGAAGCCAAGGAGCAAGUUCUUGGGCAACUCAGCCGCUAGCAUGAUGGAGGGUAUCGCUGCGAUCUCCUUUUUGAAUAGGGGGAAGAAUCCUAAGCAGGGAGAACAGUACUGGUUAACACAACCCAACAUGUACGCGAGGGGGAUCCUAUUCGGCAACAUGAAAUACGAACUGGGCGACCACAGCGUAGUACGAUGUCCCGAGUUAGGCCUAUCAGCAGACGUCGACUUCAAAACGAAGGGAUGGGUGAGCGGGACGUAUAAUGCUAUUGGGGGUACGAUAAAAGACGACCGUACCGGACAGAUUCUUUUCGAACUUUCUGGUUUGUGGAGCGAGGAGAUGUUUAUUAAGGAUCUGAGAACUGGACAAAAAGAAAUGUUCUUCGAUGCGCGAAAAGCAAAACCCUCGAAACCUCGUGUACGACCACUAGAAGAACAGGAUGAACGAGAAUCACAGAGAUUAUGGCGAAAGACGGCGCAAGCUGUGAAAGAGAGGAACCACGAAUUGGCAACCGAUGAGAAGACGAAAGUCGAAGAUCAGCAAAGAGAUGAGGCCGCAAGUAGAGCAGCGGCUGGUGUAGAAUGGCGUCCGCGAUUAUUCAGGAGGGUAGACAAGGAGUACGGCGGCACGGGAGAGGACAUGGAGCAUUUAGAAUGGAUCAUCAACGCUCAUAUAGACGCUACAACACCGGAGAAACAAGCCGAGCAGAUUAUGUCGAUUUAUCCUAUAAUACCCGGGCAGAAGACGAGCGACUUCAACAUUAUCCCGCCUAAUUCACCACAUCACCCACCUCCACAGAAGACUAGCAAACCUGCUACUGCUCCUGCCGCUUCGGAAAACAGCGCGGGUGCAGAUUUGAUCGAUUUCGGGCAGAAUGAUGCUGCCCCGGCCCCGGUACCUGCCAAGAGGGACAGCAAAGACAUCUCGGGGAUGCUACAAUCGACAGGCCGCGCGCCAGAAGGUCCACUAAUCGACUUUACGGGGGAUCUGAAAAAUGACUUGCCGCAAGAGAAGACGCUGAAAAGGGGUGAUACGGCGGGAAGUAAUGAUGAUUUCUUCGACGCCUUAGGUUAGCUUGAGUUGGGACUGAAGAAUUGGGUUGUCGGUUUGUUUGUUUGUCGUGUCUAGAUAGAAAGAGACAAGACGAGACAAGAUAAGAUGAUCAUUGGGGACAUUAAAUAGACAUAGGAAUGGAAUGCAAAUGCAAAUGGGAUACCAACUUUUAAUACGGAUUUACUAGUUUCGCUCUACUCUACUCUAAUCGUUGGUUUGUUAUGAGGGAACGGGGUGAUUUGAUACUUAUCCCUUUUUGGUGUAAUCGUACGUUGCAUGGAUAGAUCAUAGUAUCACAAUGCCACAAUAUUGACCCAGAUCGGAAGCAAAUUUUUGUGAGAGCAUAUU